GGCCAAAACAGACUUACAGGACCAAUUCCAGAAAGUUUGCGGCACAUUUCUAAACUUGUUGACCUGGAUCUGAGUUUCAAUAGCUUAUAAGGGCAUGUCCCCUUGCCUCUUUACAACAUGUCUUCACUCAGAAACUUGAGCUUAGGCAGCAAUGGCCUUGUUGGGCAGGUACCAUCUGACAUUGGUUACUCACUACCAAAUCUCCAAGUCUUCCCCCUGCAGAACAAUAACCUGGUGGGCCUGAUCCCUACUUCACUAGAAAAUGCGUCGAAUCUCCAAGUUCUUGACCUUUCCAACAACUCCCUGCAUGGCCGUGUUCCAUCUCUUGGGUCGUUGGCAAAAUUGCUCCAAGUGCUUUUAGCAAGGAAUCAGCUAGAAGCGUAUGAUUGGCAAUUCCUUGCCUCCCUAACAAAUUGCUCCCAGCUGACUAAAUUGUCCCUGGAGGGAAACAUGCUGAAUGGCAGCCUACCUGGAUCAAUUAGUAAUCGUUCCACAGGCCUAAAAACUUUGUUGCUUGGGUCCAACCAAGUAUCAGGCUCCAUACCUCUUGAGAUUGGCAAUCUUGUUAACCUCACUGUGCUUAGCAUGGAAAACAAUUUGCUCUCAGGAGGCAUAGCAGCUACAGUGGGGAAACUGCGGAGCCUAUUUAUCCUGAACCUAUCCAAGAAUAAAUUGUCAGGUCAGAUACCAUUAUCAAUUGGUAACAUUAGGCAAUUGGGAAUGCUUUUCCUUGAUGACAAUGACUUGAGUGGAAGCAUACCUAGUAGUUUAGGUGGGUGCUUGGGGCUGGUUCAGCUAAACUUGUCCCCUAACAGCCUUGAUGGUUUCUUACCAAAGGAAUUAUUUACUGGUCCUUCCCUUGCUUUGGGUGUGGACCUCUCGCGCAACAAUCUCACAGGGGAAAUACCAGAGGAUAUUGGCCAACUGGUAAAUAUCAUUCUUCUAAAUCUUUCCAACAAUCUGUUUUCUGGAGUAAUUCCUAGUGCGCUAAGCAGAUUAUUUUUUCUAUCGUCCCUCCGAAUGGAAGCGAACAGGCUUGAAGGACCAAUUCCCGAAAGUUUUGGAAGGUUACUCUCUAUCCAAUACAUUAAUCUUUCUCAGAAUGAGUUAAACGGUACUGUCCCAGAAUCCUUGGAGAACCUGACUAUGUUGGAAAAACUCGAUCUAUCUUACAACAACUUGGAAGGGCCAGUUCCUACUGGUGGCUGCUUUCUAAAUUCAACUCUUGUUGUAAUUUUGAAUGGCAACAAGGGACUAUGUUCAAGUUCAAGGUCCUCCAAACUAGCACUACCACUUUGUGAUCCCGAGACAAAGAACCAUGCGUUGUUGCUGUUGAUACUAAUACCACUGGUUGCUAUAACCUCAGUACUAUCACUGUGGUUUCUGGUAACUCUUUGGAAGAAAAGGGUGUUUGAAUUUCCACAGUGGAAGGACGUUGCUAUAACUCCAUUUCUAUGUUUCAUUGCCCAGCUGAAGAGAAGUCAAGUGCAAAUUUUACCUCGCAACUGUGAGACACUGGAGAAGGUAGUGCAAACUCUACCUCGCAACUGUGAUACACUGAAGAAGGUGUCGUAUAGCGACAUCCUGAGAGCUACCAAUUGUUUAUCUUCAGUCCAUGCAAUCAGCUCUACCCGCACCGGGUCUGUUUAUGUUGGUAGGUUCAUGUAUGACAGAAGCCUAGUGGCCAUCAAAGUAUUCAACUUGAAUGAAGCUGCAGCAUACGAGAGUUACUUCACUGAGUGCGAGGUACUACGAAGCACGCGUCAUCGUAACUUAAUGCGACCUGUGACUCUGUGCUCGACAGUGGAUACAGGAAACCAUGAAUUCAAAGCUCUAAUCUUCAAGUUCAUGGUCAAUGGCAGCCUUGAAAGAUGGUUGCACUGUGAGUACUACAGUGGCAUGCCGGAGAGAGUGUUAAGCUUAGGCCAGCGCAUAUGCAUCGCCGCAGAUGUGGCUUCUGCUCUGGAUUAUAUCCACAACCAGGUUACUCCUCCUUUGGUCCACUGUGAUCUGAAGCCGAGCAAUAUCCUUUUAGACAAUGACAUGACUGCUCGUCUCAGUGACUUCGGGUCACCAAAGUUUCUAUUUCCAGGCCUCAUCAUUCCAAAAAACCUGGUCGAAGUUGGAGGAACAAUAGGAUACAUGGCACCUGAGUACGGCAUGGGCUCCGAAAUCACCACAGGAGGAGAUGUGUACAGUUUUGGAGUGCUUCUUCUGGAGAUGCUAACGGGAAAGCAGCCCACCGAUGAUUUCUUUGUUGAUGACCUUAGCCUCCACAAUUUUACUGACUCCAUGUUCCCAGAUAGACUUGCAGAGAUCAUAGAUCCUCAUAUGAUGCGUGAGGAAUCACAACCGGGUGAAGAGGUAUGGAUGCAGAGCUACAUUAUCCCCCUGGUUGCGCUUGGACUUUCAUGUUCCAUGAAAUCUCCAAAAGAUAGGCCUGGGAUGCGAGAUGUGUGCGCAAAACUCUCUGCUAUCAGAGAAGGUUUUCGAAGUCUCAUACUGAACUUUCCUCAUUGACAGCGCUAGUUACUGGUUCAUAGUUAGCAGUAUAGUAGAUUGUUAGUGGAAGCCUGUCUAUUUGACGGACCGACUGAAACAAUGGUUUGCCGAGAAGAUCACUGAAAUUCAUAUGUGAAUAGCUGGUAUUAAACGUGAUCUGUUGUUCUUAUCUGCACAUGAACGUCACUUGCAAGAGAUGUAGAGUUGUAGUACUAUCAAUCAUUAACCAGCAGCAAAACUGCUAGUUUUUUUUCACCAGAGAAAUGACCUGGUCAAUGUUCAAUUCAUCUGCGCCCCUGAAAAGGCUAAGUAAGUUUUGAUGACUUUUCAUCAAAUAGAUUACAAAAUUUAGCCCAAAAGCUCAAAUUUAAUCCAACUGUGCUGCAGCGUGUGUUGUAAUUUGAUGCAACAUACUUGACAUUGGUUGCGUGUAUCCUAGGUGUGCAGAGGUCAUGAGUGAUCUUGAACAAAA